GCGCAGGCGCAGUCUGCCUCCGCCUUCAGCUCCGCCCCCUCCGCCGCCUAUAAAGCCUCCGCCUCACCUGGCUGCAGUUCUCCGGCUGUGACUCCUGUGCCUGAGGAUUUCACCGCAAGACAACAUGCCUGAAUACACCAUCAUUUAUUUUAAUGUCAGAGGUCGUUGUGAAGCUAUGCGAAUGCUCAUGGCUGACCAGGGAGCUCAAUGGAAGGAGGAAGUCGUAACGUCUGAUGACUGGCAGAAGGGGGAUCUGAAGAAAGCUGCGGUGUAUGGCCAACUUCCAGGAUUUAAAGAUGGAGACUUCACUCUGUAUCAGUCCAAUGCCAUGUUGCGCCUUCUUGCCAGGAAUCAUGAUCUGUAUGGGAAAAAUCCUCGUGAGGCAAGCCUCAUAGACAUGGUUAAUGACGGAGUGGAAGAUCUUCGGCAUAAGUAUUUGAAGAUGAUCUAUCAGAACUAUGAGAAUGGAAAAGAUGAUUACGUUAAGGCUCUGCCCACUGACCUUGGUCACUUUGAAUGUCUGCUUGCCUCUAAUAAUGAGGGGAAGGGGUUUGUGGUAGGAGCUCAUAUUUCCUUUGCCGAUUACAACCUGGUGGAUCUUCUGCACAACCAUCUUGUUCUGGCACCAGACUGCCUUUCAGGCUUCCCACUCCUCUGUGCCUAUGUCAAAUGCAUUAGUAGCCGUCCCAAGCUUGAAGCAUAUCUCUCCAGUGAUGCCCACAAGAAGAGACCAAUCAAUGGCAAUGGCAAGCAGUGAGCAUUGAGGAAAGUGGAAAAGGUUAUGAAUCCAGACUACAAUACAACCGUAAAGUCAGAAUCUAGUAAUGUACGUAGAUGUGCCUACUGCCACUCUCCCUCAUGUGUCCUAAAGAGAAUUUUAUUGGCACCUCUGAUAGUUUUACAAUCCAUGUAACUGUAGGUUGUUACUA